AUGCCUCCUCCAUUUCAGUUCCGAGGGAAUGGCCCUCCCAGAGGCCCUCGUGGCCAAAACUCGAAACCAGAAUUCACAUUUCGUCCCCCACCGCGUCCAAUCUCAGAACGGCCAUUGUUGAGAGGUAUGAGGGAGGCAACCCCGGAGCUGCUGUUCCCUGAAACGGGACCCAAGCCUGCUCCGAAGUUCGCUUCCCUCGAUGACCUAAGUGACAGCGAAGAAGCAGAAAUGGAUCUCUCUGAUGACGAGGAGUCUGAGUCUGAGGCGCGUCCACGGAAAAAGCGUGUUGUUGCCUUGGACGGUAACGUCGAAUCUGCCCAGCCCAUACUCGCAGCGAUCCCUGCGCCCGCACCUCCCGCGCCCAAGUGGUCCAACCCUGAUCCCUACACUUCGCUUCCUCCUCCAGAUGAGAGUCAACACAAGCGCGUUGAUGUGGUCAAACUAAUCAGGAAAGCGCGACUCGCUGCUGCCCCCGCACAACCUAAAGUGAACGAUGCCGUCGUCGACAAUGUGGACUUUAUCUCACUCGGCGCAGUCGGUGACGAUACCAAGCCGGAGAACCAACCACCUAAGAAUGCACCCAAGGGCCCCAAGGGGAUGGAAAUAAAAGAGUCUGCUGCUGCGUCUCGCAAGCGCACUCGAGAUGACCUGCCCAAGCCGCUGACCACAAAGACUGGAAAGCCACUGCGACGGUUCAAGAUGGACGCAUCGAUUCUGGAUGAUUGGAUGCCCCUGGAGGACCAAAACCCCACACCAUGGAUAAACUCAGUCACCCCGUUGAAUGUGGCGACCAGACUCCACAACGAGAUCCUUGCGUUCUACAACUGGGUCAAGCCACAUCAUUUUGAGCAGAUUGUCCGCCAAGAUAUCGUGGAUCGGCUCGAGCGAGCGUUCCAGAAGCGCUACUCUGGCGUGCAGAUUCACGCAUUCGGAUCCUUUGCAUCCGGAUUGUAUCUUCCCACUGCCGAUAUUGAUCUCGUCCUUCUCUCCACCUCUUUCAUGAAGACAGGUAUCCGGGCGUUUGGUGAAAGAAAGGGUCAGGUUUACGCGUUUGCGGGCUUCGUCAGGACCUCGGGCCUCGCUGUCGAUGGCACCGUUGAGGCCAUCGCAGGUGCGCGAGUGCCUAUCCUUAAAUGGGUUGAUAGAUUGACUGGUCUGCGCGUCGAUCUGUCCUUUGACAAUGAUAGUGGUCUGCUCGCCAAUAGAACUUUCCAAGAGUGGAAGGGACAGUACCCUGCAAUGCCCGUCAUUGUUUCUGUCAUCAAGCAGUUCCUGCUUCUUCGAGGCUUGAAUGAAGUUCCCACGGGUGGUCUCGGUGGAUUCUCAAUCACCUGUAUUGUGACAAGCCUUCUUCAACACAUGCCAAGAAACCAGGAGCGUAACAUUGGCAGUCUCUUGCUGGACUUUUUCCACUUUUAUGGGCGGGUCUUUAACUUUGAGAACACUGGCAUUCGCAUGAAUCCUCCGGGGUAUUACAACAAGGUCUUCGAGAACAGAGAUCGUCUAUCGAUCGAGGACCCGAACAAUUCCGCCAACGACAUCUCCGGCGGUACCAAGGAAAUCUCUUUGAUUUUUAGAGCAUUCCGCCACGCGUAUUGGAGCCUCAAGGACCGAGUCGACUGGAUGAAUGACAACAACCAAGAUGCCAGUAUCUUGGAAGCCAUCAUCGCCGCCAAUUACGAUGAGUACAUCGAACAAAGACACCAGCUUCGUCAUGUCUUCGAUACCGCUCCUCAGUUUGCGAGGUACCGACAGCCUCCUCCUCCACCGCCCCCUCUUCCCGUCGGAGAGUCCCCUCCCCCUCCUCCUCCCACCGGGCCUCGAAGCAUGCGCUCUGCUCCAGGCGUGCGAGCGUAA